UCAUCAAAAUGUUUAUAAUUGCCAUAAUUUUAUCAUGAUUUUACGCGUAUGGUAAAAACGUUUGUUAAUGUUUUUAUUGUGUAAAAGACUUUUGUGCAAAAUUAUUUACACUAUACAGCCGUUAAUCAUUAUGAGACGCUAUAAAACUGUAUCCUAUUACAUAAUAUCUCGGCGCUUGAAAAAUGUUAAUUUCACACGGCCGAUGUCUACAUACUUGCGUUAUCUGUGUUUUUGUCUUUGGUGAAGGGAAUUAAUUUGCUUAUAAAAUUUUAAAAAUGUCAAUGUUAACACAUACCGCGAUUUUUUUUAGAUAACACCUCGGACAACCUUUCAAUAUGUAUAAAAAAUAGAAAAAUACAUAGGUAAUACAAUUUGUUUUUUUUAAUACAAUAUCUAAGUAUCUAAUUUCUUCCAUAUCCGUGCGGCCGACGCGGUAGUGCUCGCGUGCAGUCUCCGUUAAUCGUUGCCAUGAAAAAAUGUAAUAAUAAUUAUUCAAUUAGAGUAAUAUGAUUCGCGAUUAUUUGAAAUAACCGACCGGAGUCGCACUCCCCAUAGUGAAACGGCUGGUGGGUUUUUUUUUUUUUUUUAAAUACAUAGUUUUUUUGUGACGAGAUUCAACCCGACUUGAUGAGAAUGGAUCAGUCAUUUUUGCCUCAGAUAUACGCUGCAAUAGUCGCCACUUUGGGAGCAAUGGCUAUGGGAACGGUCAUUGGAUGGUCGUCGUCGGCCGUCGGCAUGUUGGAAUCCGGCAAUUUCCCGUUGCCGUUUGUGGUGACCAAAUUCGAUACACAGACUUACUCAUCGGUUUUCGGUAUUGGCGCGGCAAUUGGUGCCUUGCCCGCCGGUUCGGUGGCCCAGCUUAUGGGACGCUGCCUAAGUAUGGUGGUUUUCGAAAUCUUCGUGCUCGCCGGUUGGAUAUGUCUGAGCAUUCCGACUGGAGUGUGGAUGUUGAACUUGGGCAGAACGCUGCAAGGGGUUGGCAUUGGCGCUUUGUGCGCAGUUAUACCGACUUAUGUCGCUGAAAUCUCUCAACCGUCCAUUAGAGGAAGUUUGGGUGCGUUAUUCCAAGUGCUUGUAGUCAUCGGUAUACUGUUUGCUUACACUUUCGGGGCAAUUCUAUCUUAUGUGCCUUUUUGCUUGGUCUGCGGAGUUUGGUCGUUGAUUCAUAUGGCCGGCGUUCUGCUAAUACCCGAAUCACCUUAUUACUAUCUCUUCAACAACAAAGAAGAAAAGGCCAUAAGAUCAUUGAAAAAACUACGCAGUUUCAACGCGGACAAUACUCAGGAAUUGGACUUGAUCAAAAAAGACAUCGAAAAUGAAAACUCCAAGCAAUACACUUUCAGCCAAGUGAUUUCCAGCGCCGUAAACCGAAAGUCUUUGCUCAUCGGAAUCGGUUGUAUGUUCUUCCAGCAGACUAGCGGCAUCAAUGUGGUGAUAUUUUAUAUGAACGACAUAUUCGAAUCGACCGGCAGCAAUAUUGAUCCAAGUAUAGCGUCCAUUGUCGUUGCAAUUGUCCAGUUGUUUAUGACAGUCUUGGCAAUGUUGCUGAUAGACAAAACCGGUCGCAAGAGGCUGCUGGUAAUUUCGGCCGCACUGAUGGCUGUGAGUUACAUGAGCUUGGGCUGUUAUUAUAUAGUCUACAAUAACGACCCCAGAUUCGCCUUGUCGAUAGCUUGGCUGCCGUUGGUUUCCAUUACGGUGUACAUAUCGGCUUUUUCCCUGGGCUACGGUCCAAUACCUUGGGUGGUCAUGGGCGAGAUUUUCUCCAGCGAAGUAAAACCGUUGGGCACUAGCUGCGUUUCCUCCGUCAAUUGGAUACUGGUGUUUCUGGUCACUUACAUAUCGAAAGACUUGCCCCAUUGGGUGGGCGACCACGGCACUUUCUUCACGUUCAGUGGCUUCUGUGUGCUGGCCGUGUUGUUCUCUUGUGUGUUUGUGCCCGAAACCAAAAACAAGACUUUGGCUGAAAUCCAAAUGAUUAUGGCCGGCAACAGCCCGCGCUCUUGAUUUGCCCUGUUCGAAUUUUAGAAAUCAAAAUCAAAAUUUACACAUCGUCCAAAUAUUUAGAUGUGCAUGCUUGCAAAAUGUGAUGUUAUGUUGCGUUGACAAAUCAUCACCUUAAAGUAUUUUACAAAUGGAUAUAUAUAUACAAAUAAUACAUAUAUAUAGACAUACAUAUCUAUAUGUAUAUGUUAUGUAGUUAUAUAUAUAUAUAUAUUUAUUUUUUAUUUUUUUUAAACUAAAUUAUUAAUUGAAGUGUACAUGUUUUGUAAAGAAUGUUAUUUAUUUACCGCUCGUUUGUAAUGUUUAGUAACAAUAUGAAUUUUUAAUAAAUAAUAUCAAUAUAAAUAUUAAAAUAUACCUUUCACCACAAAACAAAAUAUAUUUUCAGCAGUAAAAAUUGUACUUUUUUUUCGUUAAAGGGUAUUUUGUUAUUUUAUAAUAUA